AGCCUGGUGGGACAGCAUCGCUCCACUAGCAGCUAGCGGGCUACCGGUUGCUAACGCGACUGUUUCAUUUAUAAACAACUGCCCUCGAUGGCUCAGACCUGAUUGACAGCAUGGAGACUGUUUGGAUCGGAUACCCGUGCUGGUGUCGCGAGGUUGCAGCGCGGCCAGUGAGGUGCUUGCUCCACUAAGCUGAUGUGAGGUGUGGGCUGCGGCUGACAGCAGUCAGGAUGAGUGGGGUUGGGGAGCACACAGACAUCCUGGCAGUGGGAGAUGUGGUCAGGGACAGGUGGAAAGUGAUGAGGAAGAUAGGUGGAGGUGGCUUCGGUGAGAUUUACGAGGUUCUGGAUCAGCUGAACCAGGCCACGUUUGCCUUGAAGGUGGAGUCUGCUCAGCAACCCAAACAGGUGCUGAAGAUGGAGGUGGCUGUGCUGAAGAAGCUGCAGGGCAAAGACCACGUGUGUCGGUUCGUGGGCUGUGGCAGGAAUGAUCGCUUCAACUAUGUGGUGAUGGAGCUCCAGGGGAGGAAUCUGGCAGAUUUGCGCAGAACCAUGACCCGUGGCAUCUUUUCCAUCUCUACUACUUUGAGACUUGGCAAACAGAUUUUAGAGGCUAUUGAGAGCAUCCAUUCAGUGGGCUUCCUGCACCGUGACAUUAAACCUUCAAACUUUGCAAUGGGCAGACUAGCCAGUACCUGCAGAUGCUGCUACAUGCUUGAUUUUGGUUUGGCUCGUCAAUUUACCAACUCCAACCAAGAAGUCCGUCCUCCUCGUCCGGUGGCAGGUUUCAGAGGAACUGUGCGAUAUGCUUCAAUCAAUGCCCACAAGAAUAAGGAAAUGGGUCGUCAUGACGAUCUGUGGUCUCUCUUCUACAUGCUGGUUGAGUUCACAGUGGGGCAGCUUCCAUGGAGGAAGAUUAAAGACAAAGAACAAGUAGGAAAUCUAAAAGAAACGUAUGACCAUCGACUCAUGCUGAAGCACCUUCCUGCAGAUUUUAGUAUUUUUCUUGAUCAUAUCUCAAUCUUGGACUACUUUACUAAGCCCGACUAUCAGCUUUUAAUGUCAGUUUUUGAGACUGCCAUGAAGAGCCACAAUGUGCUGGAAAAUGACCCCUAUGACUGGGAGAAAUGUGAUUCCGAGGAUUUGCUGACCAUCACUGCCGCAGCAACAACUGCUCAGCAGCUCACUCGCCUCACACCGGCUUACCUCGGCAUGGCCAAUGCUUCACUCCUGCCAGGGGAGCUGCAGAGAGAAAACACUGAGGAUGUCCUUCAAGGGGAACGCCUCAGUGAUGCUGACAACUGCCCCCCCAUCCCCACGCCGACAACCCCUGGUGCAGAUGUCUGGGAAGAGAUGGACCGCAACCGGAACCAUAAACAUGCACAGCCAUUGAUCAGGAAGGUGGUGAGUGAGGAUGAACAUAGUCAAAACCAGGGAAACCAAAGUCCCAACACGGGUUCUGUGCAGAGCUCGCCUCGACGAGUGCGAUCAGAGACCAUGGUCUUAGACCGGGCUGUACCGCUGCUGCGGAGGAUGAGGCACAGCCAGAGCUUGGCGUUCGAGAAGAGACUUGCACCUGAACCCAAACCCACCAUAGAACGCUUCCUUGAGUCCUAUCUGGGUAAAAAGCGUCCUGUUCUUUCUUAUGUUGGAGAGAAAUCCAUUCCCGAGAAGGAAAAUGGUCUGCAGACGCCUUCCUGCAAUGAGGAGCCCUCCGGCACGGCGACGGCUGACCCAGACGAGGGCGCAGCUAGCAGCGGUUUCGUUGCUGUAAAUUUCAGUCCCGUUCCACAUGAGGGAGACUCUCAGGAGUGGGUGAUGCUAGAGCUAGAGCAAGGCAGUGGCUCUGGAGGAGGCAAGCCUCCAACGGAAGUCCAGAAUGGGGACAAAACGGCGACCCGCAUCACCGCUGAAGCUGAAAACCAAUCCGCUGAGCCACAGAACAGUGAAACCAGUUCUGCAGUGCCAAGCAGCCCUGUCCUGUCACAGAUGGCCAUGCCUGGCACGUGGUUGCUGGGCCACCGGAGGCUACCGGGGAUGCUGGGGCAAAUGCCCUCAGUCAUCAUGGGACGGUCCCAGAUGGAGCAGUCCUCCAGCUGUGCUCUACUGUCACCUACGCAGAAGAGAGAUGCAAUAGUAUUAGAAGAUCCAUCUGGUAAAUCCGAAGAACUUGCAGAGGAAUGCAUGAAUGAUGGGGGGAGGCUGGAAGCCGUGCCAGCGAUGAGCACAGUUAAAGGCCCCACAGCUCCGUCCACCAAAGACAGAGACCCAGAGAGCGAUUCCGGACUGCCUGACCGCUCCUCAGAACCCAACCAGCAGCUGCAAGCAGACGCAGGGGGAGGUGCUGUGGAGAGCACUGUCACCGUCUCCUCUUCUCCACCUCCAGCUCUGCUCAGGCGAAGAGACUGUCCCUCGUCCCCGAGACUGAGCAAAAUCCCCGUCAGAGACCCCGGCAACCCUUUGGACUCUCCGAGCAGGGACCUGAACAUGGAGAGACGACACCGCUGGAGCAGCCCCAUCCCAGGCUCCCCGACACACUCGCCCUCUCCGUCUCUGUCCUGUGAUAACCUACCCUGUGUUCUGCCAAGAGACCGGCUCUCCUCUGAACGAGGCUCCAGAUCCGACUGUGUUGGAGAAGAGCCUCUCUCCCUGUCUUCCUCAUCAGGCAGUAAAAGUAAGAUCCCACGUCCUGUGAGUGCCUCAUUUCUACCGGAACAGCUCACCAGCAAGUUUCUGCCUCGACCACCUCCUGGGAAACCACCUGUCCGGCAAAGUGUGGACAACAGGCGGCGGCGGUUAAGGGUCCGCGCCAGCAGCACCAGCGACGCUGACUUCCUGGCCAGUCUGACCCAGCUGAUGCAGGACCGCAGCGGGAUGCUGUUCAGCCCCCCUCCUCGCCCCCGCAGCUCCUCCUCCCUACAGCGCUCGCUGAGCUCCUCCCCAUCCCGUCAAGAAUUCCGGGAAGGCGGGGUCCUGCAGGGACGCAGCCGCUCUCCGUCCAGCCUUUCGGGCUCCCCACCUCAGCGGCACAUGCACCCACAGGACAGGCCCUUGGGGAUGGGUCAGUGGGGCCACAGCUCCCGGGGACGAGGAGUGUCUCAUGAGAGCAAAGGUUCCGGAAAAGUGACUCGAUGACUGUCUUCACAUACAACUGACUGAUGCGGAUUGUUUAACUGUAGCACGAGGCUGCCUCACUUCCUGUAUCUAAUAGCAUGUGUAAAUAUGGCAUUUAGUCAAGGGAAUGUACUGUAAGUAAUGUAAAAUGUAUGAAAUAUUGUAUUUAUUUAUUUAUUGGUUUGUUGGCUGACAAAAAUGUGGAGGAAAAUCUUGAGAUUGCCAACUCUUACCUCUCAUUUCACUCCUCUGUUAAAGGUAUGGUAAGCAAUUUCCAGAUGUUACGUCAGCUUGAGCAGUGUUUACCAACCCUCUUUCCUUGGGCAAACUGCCCUGCAUGUUUUACAUGUUUCCCUGCUCAAACCCAUCUGAUUGUCUGAUUGGAUCACUGCCAACUUGUCAUCACGGUCUGCACAAGUCUGUCAAUGGCCCACUAUUUUGAUUCAGGUGUGUUAGAGAAGGGUGACAUCUAAAACACGCAGGGCAGUGGGCCUUGAUGGACAGGGCUCCGAAACAUAGAGGUGGAGGCAGCUAGGGAAUGGGUAGGACAUAUUGAAUGCACAUGGAAGGGAAAAAAAACUAGUGUUUUGGAUUAGAAGUCAUGUAGAAUUGCUUACCCUACCUUUAAAUCCAUAUAGGCCUAAUAUGAAACCAAAAAGAUCUUGUUAAAUACUUCUGAAAUGUAAAAAUUAUACUAAAUGUAGAUAUGUACCAAUAUUAGAAUGGUAAUCACUACUUAUAGAAACAAUAUACUCACAUUAGGAACACUAAUAGUAAAGAACAUUAAGAGCACUAUACAUAACCAGCAUUCAUGUGAAGAACAGAGGCGUCCAGUCCCAUAGUGACCUUACUCUUGCAAAAUUACUUAUUAUAGUAAUUAACAGUGAGCUGCUCAUUUUGACACAUCAGUGUUGGUACCGUGCUUUGCUUUAAAAUAUUGUACCAUGCAACAUGCAUUUGCCUUUUAGAAUGUACAUGUUAAGUGCACACACUUCAGUAUUGUAAACGUGCAUGAGUAUCAUUGCUGAUCUUUUUUUUAAAUUUAAAUUAUUCAUUUGUACAAUCAGCUGAGGCAUCUGUAUUUUUAAUGAACUGCUUCUUAUCAAAAUACAUCAUAAUGUACAUCAAUGAGCAUUUUCUUUGUCUUGAAAAUAGGAGAGAAGUUAAAUGAAUAUUUUUUUUUUCUUUCCUUGAGUGACAGAAGUGACUGGGAAGGAGCAGAGUGGUUACAGAUGACAUCGACUCGCAUAUAAAAACUUCUGCUGCUGCUGUCCCGAGGAAGACGAUUAGC